AUGGCACGUAACGGUUUUUUCCUUAAGUACUUCCGGUUAUGCGCUGGAUACAACUUCCGGAUAACAACAUCAGCUGUUGUUGCCAAAAUGGCGCAUAACCAGACAGAAUCGGAUGGUACCCAGGUAGUGGAACAAGGAGGGGAUCGAGGAAAAUGUCUAUUAAGGCGAUGCAGGGGCCGACCCAGGCUUACAGACUCAGACCGAGCACAGCGACGUCUUGAAUCCCGAAAGAAGUACGACAUCCGGAGGGUUUACCUUGGGGAGUCGCACAAACUCUGGAGUGAUCUCCGAAGGCGCACAAGUCUGAGUGAUGCUGGACUGGCAGCGUAUUUAAUCGUUCUUCAUUCCACAUUUGGAGAGAAAUAUCAACAGAAACUCUCAAGCCCAGAAGAUAUGGUGAAUCAGAGAAAAGUUAAGAGAGACCGUGAGUCAAGUCUUCAUAGUUUGAUGUGUUGGUACCAGGAGCAUUUGCAUUCCUGCCCCCAUGAGCCCCAACUCCGAGCUCUGGAACCACGACCCAACUUCUCUACUGCUGCCAUCUGGCAAUGUGUAUCCGACCAUUCAUUUGUGCAACAUCUUUUCUCUCCACUGAUGGAGGCAAGUGACUCUGAGGGGGAGGAGCGAGAAAAUGGAGAAGGUGAUGGUGAAAGUGCUGCAAAAACAGAUUUACUGACAAAAAGAUUAUCAAGCCGGAAGAAAAAAACAAUAACUCUGUUAAAAGAUUUAGGAGGAAAAGCGCUUGCUUCUGAGGUUCAGCAACCAUCCACUAAAGAACUAGAACAGAGAGAAGUUCUAACACAACAUGCGAAUGUGGACACCUCCUCCAAUGACGUCUCCCUGACAGUCCCGCCUGUGUGGGAGAUGGAGAUGGAACUGGAGCGGCCACAAGGCUCUCCUGAAACAAUAUUUCAUGUCAUUACCUCAGAGGAGGAGGUUGAGGAUGUAGGAGAGGAAGCUGUAACCGAAAGACUUGUGGAAGAGCAAGAAGAGGGAAUUGGACGUGGGUAUGAAUGUGGUACUGUGGGAGCAUCUUUUUCUGAUAAACUGGAGAACACUGAUGAGGGCAUAAGUUAUUCGGUUCCACCCUCUCAGCCUGAACUGAUGGCCCAAUCUCCUGAUCGGCCAGAAGAGAAAGGAGAACUUUUUGACCCACAAACUUUGCAGACAGUGGUGACUAGUUGUGAGAUUCCUGACCAUCAGACUGCUUUAGAAGGUUCACAGCUAAUUAUCAUAACUGGACCAAGCUAUGAGGGUUUCACACCAGGUAGCAUUCACUUCGACGUAGGUGCUGGUAAUGGGGAGGAAGACACAUGCACCAUCAUCAAGGGUGUCACCUCCAACCAAGUUUGUGACCCUGAAUCAAAAAGCAAAGCAAUGGAGGAUGAAGACUGCAUUACAGGGUUAGAUGAUAAGCAGCUACUACAGCCCACUGUUGACAAUCUGGAGCUAAGUAACGACCGUGAAUUGAAGAGAAGUCUGAGCAGGUCAAAGAGAAACAGGCGAGGCCCAGUUAUUGAGGCUGAUGGAAUGCUCAAGAUGUUCCACUGUCCUUACGAGGGCUGCAGUCAAGUGUAUGUAGCCAUUAGUAGUUUCCAGAAUCAUGUGAACCUGGUUCACAGGAAAGGCAGGACCAAGGUUUGCCCACAUCCGGGCUGUGGAAAAAAAUUCUACCUGUCUAAUCACCUACAUCGCCAUAUGAUCAUCCACUCAGGGGUGCGAGAUUUCAUCUGUGAGACAUGUGGCAAAUCAUUCAAGCGUAAGAAUCACCUGGAAGUUCACAGACGGACUCACACUGGAGAAACACCUUUACAAUGUGAAAUAUGCGGCUAUCAGUGUCGUCAGCGUGCGUCCCUAAACUGGCACAUGAAGAAACACACUUCGGAGGCCCAUUACAACUACACGUGCGAGUUCUGCAACAAGCGGUUUGAGAAGCUGGACAGUGUUAAAUUCCACAAGUUGAAGAGCCACCCCGAGAAACUGACCACCUGA